AUGGGACCACAUCAUGCUCGUCCUCACCCGCAAACUUUGUUUGUAACCCGUCAAUUAAGGGAUCACAACUGCCUCUCAUCCUCUCUAUUGUAUAAUAAUAAUCAUCACAUUGCUGAUAAAAUUAUGAGAGGAUCAAUUAAGGGAUUGGUAUGCUUGAUUGGAUUGAUUGUAGUGAUCAUGAUGGUCAAUAUGAACAAGCUAUCAACCAUGGUUGUAGAAGGACAAAAAACUUCAGAGAUUUAUAUUAAUGAAUUGAUACAACGAAAAGAGUUGAGGACAAUGAUUAUUCAAAAGGAUGAACAAUGGGGAAACUAUACAAAACAAGUGGAUUAUCAAAAGAAGCUAGUCUCUACACAGAGAAGAGCCAUUGCCAUGUCUCGUAACCUUGCUCCAGGAAAGGCUUAUCUAGUCUAUGAGCAGAAAAAUUUAGAGAAACUUCAGUUCAUUACAUUAUCAUCAAGGGAUAGUCACUUUAUGCAAAACAUUUCAGCACUUAAUUUGAAAACAUCCUUUCAAAGAUAUUCGACAAGUCUUUUGGGAAUGAACGCAGUGAUGAAUAGUUCCUUAAUUACACAGGAACUGACAACUCGAAUGAUGAAUAGUUCGUAUCCAACAUUGAAAGCAAUCAACACAACAUUCUAUAGACCAGCUCAAGAUACAUUCAGAGAAAGAACAACAAUGUGUACUGGUGAUUAUUUUGGAUUAUAUCUGGAUCCAAAUACUCGUAUUUUAUAUUCAUGGGGAUUAAACACUUUGGGUAGAAGUAAUCCUACAACGAAUGAAUAUCCUGUGAGUUUGACUCUAUUGUCAGAUGAAUAUAUUAGACAAUUGGCAUGUGGUGCAUCUCACGCUUUGGUUCUGACAAAUAAGGCAAUCUAUGGUUGGGGUUCUAAUUCAUAUGGUCAGCUUGGAAUUGGAAGUAAGGUAGAUAUUUCUCUUCCAACAUUGGUCCUCUCACAUAGUGGAGCAGUUUCCUAUAUUAAUGCAGGUCCUUACACUUCAGUGUUAAUAGACAAUAAUGGGUAUGCACGAUCGUGGGGAAGAAACACUGAGUACAACCUUGGUGUUGGAGUUUGGGGAGAUAAAACCACUCCAACUAUAAUAUCUGCAACACUAAAAUUUUCAAAGAUUUGCUUUGGUAUGCAUCAUGCCAUUGGUGUUUCUCAGAGUGGUACUUUUUAUUAUUGGGGAAGAAGAGGUAAUAAUGGAGUUGAUAGAUAUGUCAUUCCAACAACAACUUGUUUUGUAAAUAACAAUGUUCCAGUUAACGUAACAACCCCAACCACUUUUCCAACUAGUUUUUAUCCAACAAACACAGCCAUUGUGGAUUUCCACUGUGGGGACUAUUCUACAAUUUUACUAUUGAGCAAUGGUGGAGUAUUAUCAUUUGGUUACAAUGGUAAUGGAGCUCUUGGAACAGGUGACAGUGUAUCUUCCACUACGCCAGUAACUAUAAGAAAAGCAGUUAUUGGCAGCUAUCGUAAAAUUAUUAAGAUUGCCCACAAGAAUGAAAUCACUCUUGCCCUUUCAGAUGAUAGAAGGCUCUUUGUCUGGGGUGCUAAUAAUAUUUGCCAAUGUGCAACUGGUAAAGAAUGUAGUACUCAAUGGGAGCCAGAUUUUGCUAGUAUUCCAACAAUUGAUAAUAUUCAUGAUAUGAGUAUUCUCAAAGAAGGUUCUAUUUCAAUGUAUUCUUACAAGGCAACUAUUGGGUUCUUGUUGGGAGGAAGACAAUCCAUCUCUCCUUUCAGUAAUAUAGCAACUGGAACAUACAAAACCAUGAUUAGUGCAAUUAGAUUUAAUAUCAAAUACACUCCACCAAUGGAAAGAAAAUAUCCAGUAUAUGAAAAUGCUACACAUAGAUCCAUUGUCACAGAAUCAACAUUCUUUAGUUACACUGCAGAAAGCUUUGACCUGGUAUCUUUCAAAAAGUCUGCUCUCGAUAAACCAGUUUCUACAAAGGCACAAAUAGGGUACUUUAAUGCAUUCUCAUUCCACAGCACUCACGAUUUUCAAAUUGAUGGAGUAACUUUCUACUUUGGAGGAUUUGUCAAUAACACACUCUCGGAUAGAAUCAUUUCUAAAAGGUGUUUGGAUUGCUUGACUGUCUACAAUCAAACACUUCCUUAUCCAGUGGCAUCAGGUAUGGUUGCUCUGGUUGAUGAAUUCUUGUACAUUUUUGGUGGGUUAACCCUUGAUAGAGAUGAAAUCGUGCCAACCUACAAGGUUAUUAGAGCUAAUGUUUCGAACUUACUAAUGUGGGAAGAAAUGAAGAAGGAAUUCUAUAUUCCCUUCCCUAUUUAUAAUGGAGUAGUAUACGUUUUGGACGAUUCUCUUUACCUUCUUGGUGGAAGAGCUUAUCCUAGUAAUCAACCAACUUCAGAGAUUUAUAUUGCUUCCAUAUUUGACAUGAAGUGGAGAGGCACCAACUCUUUGCUACCAUAUCCAUUAUCAGAAACCAAUCUUAUAAUGGACCCAGAUGGAAUUUACUUGAUUGGAGGCUUUAGACUCAAGUAUAAGCCAAAUACAUCGAUAAUUAAGGCUAACAAGAAUACUCCAUUACAAUGGUUUGACACUUUACAAAGAGUUUCUGAUAGCUAUUUAGGAAUCACUUAUCCAUAUGUUGAUAACUCUACAACAUUGUAUAUUUAUUCUUAUGAUUUCUCUAGUAGAUAUCUAUAUUCUGGUCAAAACAUUUCCCUCUCAACAUACAAGCUAACCUUUGCAAAUCAACCGUUCACUGCAUCAACUAUUGUUACAACCAAGAUAGAUAAUAUAGAUGGAGCUUUCAUUGAAGGUGAUUACGGAUUGAAAUCUUGUUCUGAAUAUUUGGCUAGAUAUCCAAAUCAAGGUUCUGGGUUUUAUUGGAUAUGGCCUGAUGAAAACUCACUCAAUUUUGUUGUGUAUUGUGAACAAUCGAUUGCUGAUGGUGGAUGGACUUUAGUCUCAUCGAGAUCAAAUCUAUAUGAUCCGUCAUUUAUUGAACGAGUUGUAGGCGAUUAUUCAGGAGGAUCAUUAGCAGAUGACAAGUGGAAUAUUUUACUUUCAACAAGUUCUUACUUAAUGUACAAGACCAAGGAAUCUAUUGAAACCAGCUUUACAACAGCAGACCUUAGUGAACUGAAAGAUGGAGGUAAUUGUAAGAGACUCGCUUACUCACUUAAGGAUCCUAUAUUGUACUGGAGAGAACUUGAUUGUGAUCAGGUAAACCAGGAUUAUUGUUUCCUAGGUUUUGGGCCAUCCAGAAGUGCUGAUCUUUUCACUCGGUGUUAUAAAAAUCCAUUCAGAGGUAGUACCAGUAGUUCCGCUUAUGCAAAUAUCUAUCUUAAAUAA